AUGUUUACUGCCACAGGCCUGCUUUCUGGUCCAGAUAUCUCACCACUCAAUCAGGACACUCCCGUGAAACCAUCAGUGGGGACAACCUUUGUAUCAAAUGGACUAUUGGGUGUCACUUCUUCAACCACCCUGGAUGCCACUACAUCUUCACAUUUAUGUAUUGAAGAACUCUCUGAAACUGGCCGCUUGCCUGUAGAUAUGGGAUUUGUCUCCAAUGAACUGCUUGGCUUCAAUACCUCUUCGACGAUUAGCCACUCGACCGACGCAGAACACGUCCCUCAAACGGUCGUCAAUACCUCAAUCCUUCCCCCUGGGGCCACUUUUGUAUCAAACGGGCUGUUAGGAAAUAAUUUUAGCUCGCUACCUCAAACACAAGAUAUUGCCUCUUCCUCCAAUCUCUAUCUAAAUUCAACACAGGCGGCCAUCAGUAUUCCACGUGCCAGUAUCAGAGCAACAACUUACGACGGCAAAACGCUCUAUCUGAAAAGGAAGCCAAAAAGAAUUGGCGCAUACUCUGCUUCUAUACCCUCAACUAGGUCAAUUGGAAAUCUUCUCGAUGUUCCCAUCCACAGGCUUAUGGACCAUCUGUCAACAGAUGCCAUCAAUGGCAUUCAACAGUCCUCCAAGCCAUCUGAGGUUGAUGUAGAAGAUACACUUUGGGUCGACCGCUAUCGCCCUCGCAAAUUUACCGACCUUUUGGGCAACGAAAAGGUUGCUAGAGAUGCCAUGACUUGGUUGAAACAGUGGGAUUAUUGUGUUUUUGGUAAAACUAAGGGGAAGAAGCGAGGGCGGGACGAUGAAGAAAAUGUCAUUUUAGAUGAGCAUCGACGUCCGCAAGAAAAGAUUUUGUUGCUUUCAGGACCUCCCGGCCUUGGCAAAACAACCAUGGCACAUGUCAUAGCUCGUCAAGCUGGCUAUGAGGUAAUGGAAAUCAAUGCAAGCGAUGCACGAUCUGGGUCUGUCAUUGACGACCGAAUAAGGCCUGCCUUAGAGUCGGGGUCCACAGUUGGGAGUACCAAACCGACACUUCUCGUCAUUGAUGAAGUUGACGGUGCUACUGGAGCGGGAGAUAAUUCAAAUUCAUUUAUCCACAAACUAGUUCAGAUGGUAAACACCAAGCCACGGAAAAAAGCGAACGGGAAAGAAAAAGACGGUCGAAGGCCUAUAUUGCGACCAAUCAUUUGCAUAUGCAAUGACCACAACGCAUCUUCAUUGGCUAAACUGCGACCUCAUACAUACCAAAUUCGAUUCAAUCGCCCUUCUGACACACACCUGGUCAAGCGAUUAAAAGAAAUUUGUCUAAUUGAAGACAUGAAGGCCGACACGAGGGCAUUAAACACUCUUGUCAGUGUAGCAAAAGGUGAUCUACGUGGAUGCUUAAAUACGUUGCAGUUCAUAAAAACACGUCGCGAAGAGGUCACAGAAUCAAUUGUUCGAAGAGCCACUGCGGGAAUGAAGGAAGAGGACGCAACUGUUCAUUCUGCCCUCAACAAUCUGUUUACUCCUUUAACAAAAAGGCGUCUUAGAGAAUUGGGAUUAAGCGACGAAGAAGACUUGCGCUAUGUGUCCCGAUUAGCAAGAGAGAUCGAUUCUACUGGCCGAGAAAACACCGUGGCUACAGGCUGCUUCGGACAUUAUGUGACGCUUCGUCGCCACGACGCAAAUCUCUCUAGACAACAAAAAGGGAUAGAGUGGCUGGCUACCUUCGACUCCUUUUCAUCUGCUAUGUACUCUGAUGGAGAUUUUGCGCUAAACCAAUACCUUCCUUAUACCCUUGUUCCUUUUUACCCGCUUUUCCAGGAGAAAAGUGGAGAUCGCGUUGAGCGAAAUCAAACUGACUGGGAGCAUUUGCUACUUACCCGUAGUAAUGAAGAGAUUUAUAGAACUCUUUCUCGGUGUGUUCAAAAUGCAGCCAUAAGAUAUGGUGGCGAUUUCAGGCAUUUGGUCAGCAGCCCAAUCCUUCAGACAGAGUUCGCUCCUUUCAUCAACAGAAUAAUAUCUCCACCUCUCCGACCUGUCAAUAGCCAAGUUAUUCGGCCGGAAGAAAAGACUUUGAUGACUCGGGUCGUUGACAUCAUGUCCACUCUAGAAUUACGCUUUGUCCAGGAAAAGACAGAUGACGGUCAACUCACCUACAGACUAGAUCCACCUAUUGACGUUUUCAUUACAUAUGACGGUAAACGAGCGCCUGAUAUUACGGUAUCCCGAUAUGCAGUUCGGCAACUUGUUUCUGGAGAGAUUGAUGCCAAAAUGAUUGCUCUCAAUACUGAAUACAUCGAGAAGGGUAAACGUGGAAAACACGAUUUCUUGAGCAACUCCGGGAAUGAUGCAUCCAGGAAUGUGAAACUAGACGACAACUCUGACAGUCCAAAUAAACGUGCCAAAACAGCUGACAAUCGAGAUAUUGCUGACAAGCCCCCAACGGAUUUCUUUGGUCGUCUCAUCACCGUGGCUUCUGCUAAUGCAACGAAGGCCGCGGUCCGAAAGAAUGUCGAGAAAAGGUAUCGAGUCACAUUUCGCUUCUUGGAGGGCAAUUCAGCAGCAGUGCGGAGACCUGUCAAAGUAAAUAUGUUCUUCUGA